UAGAGCGCGGGAGUGGACGGUCCGGCCGCCGGCGGCGCCGACGCCGCGACUAGUAUCCACUCGGCUCUCGAACGACGCGCGCGCAUGUGAUACCAGCACCAGAUACCGAUACCGAUACCGUAUAAAAGGGCGCGCGCCCUUGGUACCACACAGUUCACUUCAAACCGGGCAGUACGACAUCAAACUUCAAAAUGGACGUCCGUCACAGCCAUGGUGAUCACGACCACGACCAUGAUGAUGGCGAGGGGGUUAUUCUGGCUAAAGGGGUAGCUAUGGCUGUCCUUUUUUGUGCUUCCAUGGUCUGCGGAAUCGUUCCUCUGCUGCUGGCGAAGAAGUUUAACUGGUUGUCGGCUGGAGAGGCGAGCAACCUGAAGUCUACGAAUCGGAUAGUGAUGACAUUGCUGUCUUUUGGGGGCGGUGUGCUCCUGUCGACCACCUUCAUGCAUCUGAUUCCUGAAGUGGACCAUAAUGUGGAGUAUUUGGAGGCGAGCAACCAAAUCCGCAGCUUCGAGUUUUCCCUGGCGCACCUGCUGAUGUGCUGCGGCUUCUUCAUCAUGUACCUUGUCGAGGAGCUGGUGCAUCUGUACAUACAUCGGCGGGAGCGACGGAACGCUAAGGCCAUGCCGUUCGUCCGGAACUUGAGUGUGCGCAAGAGCCGGUGCAGCCCAGACAGCGUGGGGGAGAAGAGUGUCACUAACUCUACUGCGGAUCUCAUCGAACCGGAGAAAUUGAAGGACGACGUGGAAGUGAACCACAACGGCCACUCCCACCACCACCACAGCCACAUGCCCGUGAACAGCGGCGGCGAUGACGUCACCGCAGCCCUACGAGGGCUUCUCAUCGUGCUCGCCCUUUCCAUCCACGAACUUUUCGAAGGUCUAGCCGUUGGAUUAGAAUCAAGCGCUUCGAACGUGUGGUACAUGCUAGGAGCCAUUUCAGCCCACAAACUGGUCAUCGCCUUCUGCAUCGGCGUAGAGCUAAUCGCAACCCGCACAAAAACUUGGCUGGCCAUUAUCUACAUCACUACCUUCGCCAUCGUGUCGCCAAUGGGCAUCGGCAUCGGCUUAGCGUUGGUCGGCGGGCAAGGAGCCACUGCCGCUGGCGUUUACUCAGUGGUCCUGCAAGGCCUGGCUUCGGGAACGCUGCUUUACGUUAUCUUCUUUGAGAUUUGGAAGGGCGACAGAUCGGGCGUGUUGCAAUAUAUCUCUGCCCUUGUUGGAUUCGCGCUGAUGUUUGGACUACAGUUACUUACACCUCAUACUCAUUCCCAUGGCAGCGACGGUCAUACUCACGACAGAAAGUGAAGACGACGGGAUUUAACUUCUACCAAGAAUUGCCACUGAAUUUUAAUGAAAUUACUAUCCCUAGUGGAUAAAGUUAUCUUGAUAUCGUAAUGUUAUAUAACUCAUCAAUUCAUCUAAAACCUAUUAUAAUAUCAUUCAAAUGUUACCCAUGUCACUGGGGUGCCGUGAGUUGAAUGUUUUUUUAUGACAAUAUAGUUUGCUGUAGCAACUGCCAGGCUAGCACAUGAUUGGC